CAAGUUGGCAGUACAAUGUCUCAGAAUAAGAAAAUAUAAACAAUUUCAUGUGCCUCACGUGUUGAACUUUAACAAGCAAAACAAUAGUGCUAUCCACAAUUAUUCUGCUCUAUUGCACAAACAUAAUCUUAACAAUAAGUAGAAGAUAUGUCGGAGCUAUCGCCUGAUGCCAAACCAAAUAUAUUAAUAACCGGCACUCCUGGUGCUGGCAAAUCGUACUUAUGCGAACGUCUGGCCUCCCAACUAAAGUUUGACUGGUUGGACUGUUCCAAAAUCGCCAAGGAAAACGAUUUUGUGGAGGAAUACGAUGAGGAGUACGACUGCCCCGUUUUGGACGAAGAAAAGCUGAUGGACCACUUGGAACCCCUGAUGACCAAGGGCGGCAACAUCGUGGAAUACCAUGGCUGUGAUUUCUUUCCAGAACGCUGGUUCCAAGCCGUUUUCGUGGUCACCUGUCCCAAUAAGACGCUCUACGAUCGUCUAAAAGAACGUAACUACAACGAAAAGAAGCUCACAUCGAAUGUUCAAUGCGAAAUCUUUGGAACCAUUUUGGAAGAGGCCCGAGAUUCCUACAAAUCAGAUAUUGUCUUCCAACUCAAGGGCGAAACGAAAGCCGAUGCCCAUAUGAGUCUGAAAACUGUGAAAAACUGGUAUCGUAUGUGGAAAAGAAAAUAAAAGUAGGAUUAGUCAGUUUAUUAUAUAAUCUAAUGUAGAAAACUUAAACAUUUGUAUGUAAAUUUACUAUUAUUUACAACAAACAGCGUGUAUAAAAUCGAAAUCUUAAAUCUA